GUUGUGCCCCGCGCAGUUAAAAGAGGGCUCUUGAUUCGAAUUCUCACGUACCUUUCGUAUCUCCUAUACCCUUGUUUGUAUACAAAAGCUCUUGAAUAACAUCCAACCGAACACAGCGCUUUGCUACUACGUCUCUGCUCACAGAGAAGUCGCGUUCUUUUGAAUUCUGGCUGCAUAUAUGAUUAUCUGAAGAUGUCAUCCACAUCGACGAGGAAUCAUACUUAUAACGGUAUGAACACAAUUGCUGUCUCCCGCACCAAUUCGAUGUCUAGUACCUCUACUAUAAGUUCUGCUUCUUCAACAACAUCUACUCGUAUCCGCCAAGAAAGGGUGGAUGCCAACCGUCCUGUGCAGCCUUACCCUCGCAGGACCGCAAGUUCAGCUCCAAGGAUCCCGUCAAGUCGCCCAGGUCAGACGCCCUCACCUACUGAUACGGAAACGUCGUCUGGGUGGUCAAAAGUUUCGAACAGCGAUGACAGUGAUGAGGAUUUUGAACUCGAAUCGUAUAUUGUAAGUGAUGACGAGGAUCUCAUCACCGACGUUUCUUUCCAAAGACCAAGACGCAUUUGCACAAGGUUCUACGUACCAAGCGCUGCACGCAAACGUCCACUGGAUGGCCUAGAGUCCCCGCCUUCCGGAAGUACUGGUCUUACUCCGAAGUUGCAGAGAAUCUCUGUGCAGACUAACAACGGAACCUCAACUUCAUUGCGGAUGCAGGCUCUCAAUAGUCCUCCAAAUGUACCGCUGCUCAGGUCGAAUACGGCACCCAACCAGGAAGGACUACGUCCAUCUAGGGACAUUAUCCAAUCGAAGUCCACAAGCUACCCCGGGCCUAUCCACGACCCUGAGUCUCCUUUCAAUGAUCCUAGCACUUCCCGGCCCAGUCAGCUCGGGACUUACGUCAUUGCUCACGACGAUUUGGUACAGAGUCAAAUGGAUCGGCAUAAGCUAGCCUGGGGCGUGCAGUACGAGAUCGCUCGUGGAGUGUCGAAUCGUCGAUGGACGUGGAAAGAGGUUACUCUGGAUAAGAUCCGACAAUUGCAAGGAGAUAACACCAAAGCUUGUGAAGUUCCCGCUAUCAUCCUCGGGAAGCAAUUCACAGGAGCUCCUGCACACGAGCAAAAGCUAUGGCUGGAACUUGACCGCGAACAGAAGGCUCUUGAAGAAAAUCAGCACCGUGGGCUUGGUCUUCAGGGACUUGAAGAGCCAGAUGACGAUUGGCAUGGUGCCAAGCGUUGGUAUGGCGGAAGGAUUCAACAAACGGUCGAGCUUAUGAAGACUUCGGACAAGGAACUGCAGGUUCAGGUGCAACCCAUGGAGAUGCGCAAAUCGAGUCGGUUUGCGCGGUUCCUUGGGUCUCGUCGGAUGAUAUCCUUGAAGCUGCCGGCUUUUUAUGAACGAGCAAAUGAGGUCCUGAGGCAAAAGUUCAUCUUGUGCGGGCGGGUUUUCCUUCCGUUCUGCGUGAAGGAUAAUGGUGCUUACUUGAUGGAGACCGACGAAGAUUACCAUGGACGACGGCCAUUCGAACAAGGCGAUCAACGACGGUGUUCUUUACAAUCGUUUAUCGGCUGGCAUAAUCCUUUAGAGCUGAAUGGAAAACAGGCUGCGAGCAAAUGGGUGGCUCGGUUUGACUUGGGUUUGUCGACAUCAAUUCCGGCAUUGAAGUUCGAACCUAGCAACAUCUUCCACCAAGAGGAUGAGAAAAUCGGCGACGAGAUCUUCACUGACGGCUGUGGUUACAUGAAUGCAUCGGCGCUUGUAUGCAUUGCGAAGAAUCUUGGAUACUCUCAGAUACCAUGUGCCGUCCAAGGUCGUAUCCUUGGAUCCAAGGGUCUCUGGACGAUCCACCCCACUGAGCGUGACCCUCGAGAUCCGCCAAAAAUCUGGAUUCGCCCGUCUCAAGUCAAGGUCAGGCUUACGGCACAAUGGGAUGUUAAACAUCUCUCGAAACUCCAUCCUGCACAUCUAAUUUUCGACCUGGUACAACCUUCAAGAGUCUCAGCACCAUCUAGACUAUCCCGGUAUCCAAUCAUGAACAUGUCACAUAACCAUGUACCCACUGAAAUAUUCAGCAAGCUUAUGGAAGACAGUUUGAAUGAGCUGGUAGAGCCUUUCACCAAUUGGAAAGGAGAAAACGCCAUGGUGUUGCUGUGGUACAUGAUUUACAAGAGUGGUAAUAUGACAACAGUCAGGCUUCAGCGACAUGCAGCAGGAUUGGCUCGCGUUCUUGGUCUAUCACGCCAAUUUCUCGAUUUGCCGUCUGAUCAGGAUCUUCUCAUUGAAGACUUAGAGGAUCCGGAGGAAGAGACAGAGAAGGAGACACCGGAGGGUGAUUUAUCUCUUGCGCCGCCAGACAGUCUCUACGAGAGUGCUUUGGAAUUACUUCAAGCGGGUUUCACACCAUCUGAUUGCGGAUUUCUUCUUGACAAAAUCAGGCAGAUUUUGAAGCAAGUGCUCAAAUCGUUCUUGAAGGAGUUCCGCAUAGUGGUGCCGGAAUCUGCUGAGGCAUUGAUCAUUCCUGAUCCUCACGGUGUUCUCAAAGAAGGAGAGAUUCAUUUCAAGUCUUCAAAGGGGUUGAAGGAUGCUACAAUGAAUUUUGACCCCAAUCAGCUGUUUGGAGAGGUAUUGUUAUACAGAAAUCCGUGCAGGCUCCCUUCAGACAUCCAGAAGGCAAAAGCAAUAUCCCAUCCAAAACUUGCAGACUAUGUAGAUGUGAUCAUUUUGCCUGUCAAAGGCAAAUGUUCCCUCGCAAGUCUUCUAGCGGGAGGAGAUUAUGAUGGAGAUACUGCUGUCUGUAUCUAUAACCAGCAACUUGUGCAGAGUUUUCAACCCCCCUCCGUCAACAACAUCCUACCGCCUGAUCUGCAGCGCGAAAAUUUCCUCCCACAAGAUGGUACACUCCAGGUCUCUGGGCUGUCACGCGAAAUCCAACAUUUGUCGGCGGAUGAGGCCCAGUCUUACCUUCAGGAUCAAUUGCUUUCAGGUUAUAUCAACAGCAAGGUUGGAAUGUAUUCCAAAUUCCAUGACAACGCCGCAUAUGCAUUUGGCUAUGGAGCCGACUGCACAGUGCGUUUGGCACACAUAUUCAACCUUGUUCUCGAUUCACGGAAAUCAGGCUUAAUUAUACAAAAGGACGUCUACAGCAAGGAUUGCAAAGACUUCAACCGCAUGCUUCCACAAUGCAUGUCUCUCGACAAAGAAGAGAAAGUGGGAGACAGUCUACGUCAUCUGCCACGACGAUUGAAGGAACCUUUCGUCCUUGACGAAUUGCUUGCGGAAGGUGAAAAAGUUCAGACUGAAUGCCUGCAAGCCUUCGAUCACUUGUCAGAGGACUGUCGUCGUACUGCCGACCCAGAUCUCCUGCGACCAUGGCGAAGCGCGUGCGAGGCUCGCAACGAGCAUUCUGCCAUUCGCCAAGAGCUUUCAUCCAUUGAGCAGCAGGUGCAGAGACUUCGCGAGCAGUGGUCAUCCGUGUGGGGCGACAAUAAUCGGCAGAAGCAAAUUGCGACCCCGAAGAAGGGGAAGGGUAGGAACAAGAAGAACUCAAGAAACAAAGGACUAGACUGCCUUGUGGACAGCUUCAGAAAGCCUCCCGAGGGUGUUGUAUUACUGAGCCAUCUACGACAAGUCGAGGUUCUCAAGGCAUCGUACGCUUACAGUCUGAAGGACAGGUUUGCAUUUGCGGUUGCGUUCAAGACGCUUUGUAGCAUCAAAGCCGACAGUUGCGGUUCAACUGCUUUCACCAAGCAGUUUGCGGAAACGAUGGCCAUGCCAUCCUCUGCAUAUCGCGUCUUUUCAUUGGAACAGCGCGGAUGAGGAGGGACAGAACUGAUCGAGACUUUUGGAAGGAUCGGAUGAAUGUCUCGCAGUAUAUACCUUUGGUCAGCGGUAUCCAAGAAGAAUGUAUUCAACGAUGUAAAACGAUUACUAGCAUAUCAUACACAGGAUGAGUGAAGGAAUGAAAGUACACAUAUCCG